AUGGGAUCGCCGUUACGAAGUUUGAAUGAUUAUUUUAGAAGACUCAAUGAUUUACUAUCAGGCGAAAGUUGGGAGUUGUGUGAAGAAGCGGCGAAAUUACUUUCGAUCGGAGAUCCUCAUGUACAAUUAAAAUUUCUACAGCUAAAGAAAGCAGAAGAUGAACGUCGAUUGUAUUUGAAUAGCAGUUUCGAUGAGAUAGCAUGCUUACAUCUGGCAAUUAUCUAUUAUUUAAGUGAGGAACACUUCGAAAAUGCCUUCAAUACGCAUGUUCAGGCUGUACAAUUGUUUAAUAAAGAAAUUUUGCAAAAGGAGAAGGAUCAGAACUGGUUUUUACCGAUAUUAUAUACUCUCUGCACAGAUUUGCGACUUUUGGCUCGUUCGGCCGAUGAAAAGCCAUCUCGGUUACGCGAUCCGGAAAAAAGUAGCUUUUAUGAACAGUCUGCCACCUACAUCAUGGAAUGUUAUCGAACAUGUGUUGCUGAUGUACGAGCAGAAAUUCAUACAUCGAAGAAAAUGGCAAUGCUUAAUCUUACCAAUCAGCUGUUCCGAAUUUAUUUCAGAAUAAACAAAUUGAAUCUGCUCAAACCGCUGAUUAGAGCAAUAGACAACAGUGGUCCGUUAUAUCAGACAUUUUCAAUGGCUGAUAAAGUUACAUAUAAGUAUUAUUUGGGACGUAAAGCAAUGUUUGAUUCAGAUUUAUCACUGUCAGAAGAAUCAUUAUCCUAUGCUUUUCGGAACUGUCCAUCUCAUUGUGGAAGGAAUAAACGGCUUAUAUUGAUUUAUUUGGUACCGGUAAAAAUGUUUCUUGGUCAUAUGCCAAGUGUUGACUUAUUAAAACGAUAUCAGUUGCAACAAUUCGCCACCGUUGUUGAAAGUGUCAAGGAUGGAAAUUUAAAAAAACUCGAUGAAACGUUAAUGGAAAAUGAACGCUUUUUUGUAGAAUGUGGAAUAUUUCUUAUGUUGGAAAAAUUGAAAAUUAUUGCGUUUCGUAAUUUGUUUAAAAAAGUUACUCGAAUAUAUGGAACAAAUCAAAUCUCUUACGAGGCAUUUAUGUGUGCCAUUCGAUGGCUUGGCAUUGAGGACAUGGAUGAAGAUGAGCUAGAAUGUAUACUUGCAAAUUUGAUCGUGGAUAUGUUUUCCUCCGUUGUUGUUGAAAUUGUUGGACCUCCAAAAUUAUGCAUCUCAGCACUUUGUUAUGUUUUUGAUGUAUUCAAUGUGAAUAUUUUUGAUAAACAAACUUGCAUGUAA